CACACACACACACACACUCUCUCUCUCUCUCACACACUCUCUCUCUCUCUCUCUCUCUCUCUCUCACACACACACACACUCUCUCUCUCUCUCUCACACACACACACACACACUCUCAGCUGAUCGAGGUUGGUGUCUACUGUUUUUGAUCCGAGCCGCUUCCGCGUGUGAAUAAAUCUGAUGUGUUUCUGAUCUCUGGUCUGUUCAGUAUUAUUUCCUGCAUCUGAAGAAUAUCUCUGGUGUUGUUCUUCUCUAAAGUUUGUGUUAUGAUAAAUGUCAGUGUUAUGUAAUCAGAUGAUCUUUUACAAGUGUUCAAGCACUGACAUGAGAGACUCCUGAAUCGUUCCCGGGUCGUUCAGUCAGAGAUGUCACAUGAUUUAUUCCUGCAGUCUUUAUAUAAAACAGAGUGAUUCAAAGCAGCUUCAGCGAUCAACAAAACACAGACGGCCUGCUGUUACAAACACUCCAGAUGAGUCUAAUCCUGUCUAUACAACCUGUUUGAAGACACCGUAGCAUCAUGACGUUCACACACACUCGUGUAGCCUUCACUGGUCCUAGUGCUGACAGUGAUUCACACGCUCCUGAUGAAUGGUGUGCUUGAUUGACAGACGGCCUACAUUUCCCAGCAGGCCGCGGGGCACAAGCUCAAAGCCCUAAAGAGGUUUAAGUUUAGAGGAUGAAACGACAGCUGGACACAGACACACAUCAGAGACAACGACGGGCAACAUGCCUCUCAGACGAGAAGAUACAGAGCGAGCGCUGCAGGCGAUGGAAGCCUGUCAAUCAGCAGGUGAUGAAGGUUUCAGGAGUCGUGCAGAGAGACUCUUGACCAUCUUUCAGAGUGACCUGUUUCAGGCUCUGCUGGACAUUCAAGAGUUUUAUGAGCUGACGGUGUUUGAGAAUCAGACAGAAGGUCAGGCCCUCACACCGGGACUGAAGUACCGUUACCAUGACGACGAGACGCCGCCGCUGCAGCACAGUCCCUCUCACCUGAACGUCAGCGACACCGGACACGCCCCCAUCGACGGUAUCCACGGUUACACACCCCAGAUGCACGGGUCUCCCGCCAAGCCCGUGCUGCUCCCCAGCGGUCACACGCCUUACUACGCCACCUCCACUCUGAUGAACGGCAUGGACGGAGACGUGGAGUAUGAGGAGAUCACACUGGAGAGGGGUAACUCCGGCCUGGGCUUCAGCAUCGCCGGUGGGACUGAUAACCCUCACAUCGGAGACGACCCCAGUAUCUUCAUCACUAAGAUCAUCGCAGGAGGAGCUGCGGCGCAGGACGGACGGCUGAGGGUGAACGACAGCAUCCUGUUCGUGAAUGAUGUGGACGUGCGUGAGGUCACUCACAGUCUGGCAGUGGAGGCGCUGAAGGAGGCGGGGCCAAUCGUCCGGCUCUACGUGCUGCGACACAAACCCCCUGCAGAGAAAAUCAUAGAGAUGAAGCUCAUCAAAGGCCCUAAAGGUCUGGGCUUCAGCAUCGCGGGGGGUGUGGGAAACCAACACGAGCAGGAGGCGUGUGAGCUGCGUCUGCGUGUGGAGGAGCUCCAGCAGGAGGAGCAGAAGCUGCGCAGAGAUGCAGACAGACUCCGAGAACAGCUGCACCAGCUCCAGACGGAGACACACCACACACACACACACACACAGCAGCUCCAGCAGCAGCUCACACACGCCACGCAGCAGCUGCACACACACACGGAGCAGCUGAAACAGGAAGUGUCUGCGCGUGAAGAAACCGAGAGCAGGACACGACAGAUACAGGAAGAGCUGGAGCAGAUCAGGAGAGAGAGAGACACGCUGAGAGUGGACCGGGCGCUGGACCAGACGCGGUUCGAGGCGCAGAAGUCUCAGAUGGAGGCGGAGUUUCGUCUGUCGUUAGAGCAGCAGAUCAAUGAGAGACUGACGGCGGUACAGGAGGAGCACACGACACACAACACACACCUACGACAACAACACAGGAAGCAGCUGCUGGAUCUGAGUGCGCGGCACGAGCGGGAGCUGGCGGCUCAGCUGGAUCAGUUCAGGACACAGUUACAGGAGAAAGACCACAAACUGCAGCAUCUCACACACAGCUACCAGCACAAACUGUCAGAGAUGCAGGAGGAGCUGGUUUCCAUGGCAGCGUCUAAAAGGAAGCUGGAAAUGCAGAGGGAGGAGCUUGUGUCCCGCCUUCAGGGAAUGAUGCGUUCCCAUUGGGCGGAGGCUUUACGGCUGUUGACCAAUCAGGAGCAGAGUGACACACAAGCGUCAGGUGAGCAGGCUCUGUCUCGUAUGGUCAGAUAUUAG